UUGAUCGCGGCUUGGCGGCGGCCUUCCCGGAGACGCAGGAGGCGGCUUUGGCAGCCGUUGGCGUCGCGCGCGAUUCCAGGAGGCGGGAAACCGGCGAGGGCAGCUCGGAGUACUUCUCCAUGGAGGACCAUCUGGCGUCCAUGGCUGCCCGCAUCGAGCCCGUCACCAAGCUCGGCUGGGAGCUGCGGAAGGCGGCCGAAGAGCUGGUGCCCAUGCUGUGGCCUGGGGAGGCGGCGCCGCAAGACAUCUCCGGCCUCAUCUCCUCGAUGGAGCAGGCGCCGGACCGCUUCCUCGACUGGAAGGAGUCGGCCACGCACGCCGGUGCCGAUAUGGCGCUGUCCUUCGUCCUCUCCUGGUACAACGAGGUGGACCUGGGGCAGCUUGAGUUCCGGCGAGCCGGCGUGGAGGACAAGCUCCCAGCCGACUUCAAGGCCGCCCGCCUUGCUCGAGCCAGCACCAUUGCCGACUUCGUCGACAAGACGCUCUUCGUCGCGGACCCGAACCCUCCUCCAUCCGAUGGAGAAUACAUGGAUGAUGAGGAGGCGGAAGAUGUGCCUGAGGACGACCCGGCCGCCGGCUCCACUGAUGCCCCUCCGGCUUAGAUUUCCUGCUUUUCAGUUGUUCCUUUGCAAGACAAUUUAUUAAAUCCCCGGGAUGCCGGGUGCAGAUGUAAGACAAUAUUAUCGCCUUUUAAUUAUGCCACACUUUAAUGUGUUUGUUAACCAAUUAUGUGCCGAGUUGCUUUCUUUCGACUCGUUCGCUUUUUCCCAUCCGCCCCACUCUUUGGCUGUGCCCUUGCCGGUCGUACGUCCGACU